CGAAAUAUACGAAACUAAUAUUGAACAUUUUCAAUAUUUCAAGAUGGCUAGACGUUAUGAUUCCAGAACUACCAUUUUCUCACCUGAAGGUCGUUUGUACCAGGUUGAGUAUGCUAUGGAAGCAAUUGGACAUGCUGGUUCUUGCCUUGGAAUUUUGGCCACCGAUGGAGUUCUUUUGGCAGCUGAAAGAAGAAAUGUUAAUAAACUACUUGAUGAGGUUUCUUACUCAGAGAAAAUCUACAAACUUCAUGAUGACAUGGCUUGCAGUGUAGCUGGUAUCACUUCCGAUGCCAAUGUCCUAACUAAUGAACUUCGACUUAUCGCUCAGAGGUAUUUAUUACAAUAUGCAGAACCCAUGCCUUGUGAGCAAGUCGUAAGUGCACUCUGUGACAUAAAGCAGUCCUACACUCAAUUCGGAGGUAAAAGACCAUUUGGUGUUUCCAUUCUGUACAUGGGUUGGGAUAAACACUAUGGCUUUCAACUUUACCAGAGUGAUCCUAGUGGAAAUUAUGGUGGAUGGAAAGCAACUUGCAUUGGCAAUAACAGUGCUAGUGCUGUCUCAAUGCUAAAACAAGAAUACAAAGAAGCAGGAAUUACACUGGAGGAAGCUCUUUCUUUAGCCAUCAAAGUCCUUAGCAAAACAUUGGAUAUGACCAAACUAACAUCAGAGAAAGGUAAGGGAUUUUAUAUAUAUAUUGGGCCUCACCGAGGCGAUGACUACUGACCGAGACCUUUGGAAAUGUGCUGUGCGUGAGAAGACCCGGCAAGCCAAGUAAGAUCGUUGCCAGUGCCCCUGGACUGGCUCUUGUGCGGGUGGCACAUGAGAUGCACCAUUUUGAGCGUGGCCGUUGCCAGUACCGCCUGACUGGCUCCCGUAGGAUUUUCGAGUGAGAUCGUUGCCAGUGCCCCUGGACUGGCUUGUGCGGGUGGCACAUAAAAGACACCAUUUCGAGCGUGGCCGUUUUCGUGCGGGUGACACG